AUGUAUCCUGUCAUUCCAGGCUGGCAGAUGGGAACGGAUUUGGAUUUGGUUCCACCCCUACAACACACUGGAGGUGUCCCUUCAAGCCACCCACAGAUCUCCAGUGUGGAAGAGGCUAGCAGUGACCAUGACAGUUGGCCAACCCAACUAGAGCAGCAGUGGCUACAGAUAGAAGCUGCUAACAAAUCGCUUCAGGACAAAGUGAACGACCUCAAGAAGAUGAAAGUGAACAUUUCCCUACUCCAACAGAGGUUGACCAGGCACACAGACUGGCCAUCUAUGGACCCUGCCCGCCCUCGAGUCAUGAUAGCCAGGAUCCACAGCAUUCGACUGAAGGAACUGAUAACGCGGCUGGCACGACACCAAUACCCACUGAGCUACAAGGGAAAAUGGAUUCACAUUUUCCCUCACCUCCCGGCAGAGCUAAUGAAACAGCACCAACUCUUUAGGGAUGUGAGGAAGAACCUCAAGGAGGCUGGACUGCAAACUCGAAUUCUCUACCCUGCACGCCUUCAAGUUACACAGGGCACUGGAAUUAAAGCUGCAAGCAGUGUUGAACGGGCCCCUGCACCUCACGCGCAGCUGUGGUAUUGCUACUGGAGGUCAAGAGGGCUAAAAUGUAUCUCACACAAUCACCCUGAUGACAACUUCACCUUGGCAGCCAGUGUGCUCAGUUCCCUCCCAGAAGACACUCUCUAUGACAACAGAGUAAGAGGAAGAUUAGGGGAGACUGCAGGUCCACAUGUCUAAUGUAAAGUCACUAAUCAUGCUUAUUAUAGUCAAGUGUACAAACAUGCUCUUUUCUCUCACUUUCCAGGCUGUUCUUAGGUAAAAAUGUGACCACACAAAUCCAAACCACUGUAAUCAAGAGGGAGUUAGUAUUAUCAUCAAAUUUACAGUAUGAAUACAGCGUUUCUGUUUUUGUGCAUAACAGAUAGAGUUAAUUAAAUAUUCUUUUACAAUUCAGAGAAAGAGAGAAAUCCUGUUGUCACAAAUGCUAGCUAUAGCUACAUGGGAUUGUAUGGAAGGCCAUUUCUGCCAGAAAAAACUAGAUGGAAAGUAGGGAAUGAUGAAAAGAAAGAUACUCAUGUUAAGUGAAUGUUUUACUUACUAAAUGAAAAUUAUGUAACUUACUGAGUAAAAGUUAUGAGAUGGUAAGUAAAAUUUGUAACUUAGUUAGGGUUCACUUAUUUUUUUCAUCAUAUGUUUUUCAUCUACAUUUCAUCUUUUUAUCUCUUUUCCAGGCAAAAAUGAAAAUCCAUAGGAUUCAGUAGUAUAAUCUUCAAAGUUAAUUUCCCUCUUGAUACAUUCAUACUGUAUAAUAUGUGAAUCAUAAAUGAAUGGAAACUUAACCACAUCAGGCCAACUCUUUCAUUUGUUGUAAGAAAUCACAGUGCUUUGCAGCACAUAAAAGACAUGCCACGUUUUAAUUUUAUUUUCAGAAUUGCAUGUCUAUCAUCCAUUUGACUAAAGGUAAAGAUGAAGAUCACACAAAAAUGAAGGUUUGCAUUUGUCACCCUGAAGACUCACAGCUGUGGUUGUGUUGUGCAAGGCCACAUCUGUUCUCACCCAGCUUAAAAAAGUAAUCUGCAUUUCAUUUUGUCUGGCCUGCAAGUCAUUCUGAACUGAGGUGAUGAGUUUGGCUCUGAAUGAAUAAAACCACAUGGACACGAAGGAUUACAAGUUAGUCUCACACUUUCAUACAUUCAUCCAGUUGGACUGAAAAAGGCAAGAAUGUGUACACAAAGAAGCAUAAAAACACAAAUACACAGACUGUCAUUUGUAUUGACUUUUCAUUUUCUGUAUUAAAGCACUUCCCAGUGA